AUGAACGCGCUCAGGAAGGUCGGGCACUGGCUGGCGCCGCCGCCAGAGCAGUCGGAUGACGGGCGCGACGUGUGGCCGUCGCGCAUGUCGUUCCUGCUGGCCUCGAUGGGCGGGUGCGCGGGCAUGGGCAACCUGCUGCGGUACCCGUCGACCGUGUACAACAACUACGGGCUGCAAUGGUUCAUCCCGUACCUCAUGUGCAUCUUCCUGAUCGCCAUCCCCGUCCUGACGCUCGAGAUCAGCAUCGGGCAGGCCUACCGCGGCGGCAGCGUUGUGGCCUUUAACAGCAUCAACAGCCGCCUGCGUGGCGUGGGUUUUAGCCUGCUUUACAUCGGUUUUAUUGUCGGCCCGUACUUUGUCGUCAACCUGGCCUGGAUCAUGACCUACUUCCGCUACAGCUUCCACAGCCCGCUGCCCUGGGCCGAGGACCCGGAAGGGUUCUUCGACAAGGUGGUCGCCAACCCGUCGCCGGUGCCGGGCCGCCUGGCGCCCGACGGCUCGGGCGUCGAGGCCUUCACGAGUUACCCGGCCGUCGGCAUGGUGGGCGAGACGGUCGGCUGGACGGCCUUUACGUGGUUCCUGGUCUGGAUCUGCAUCUUCCGGGGCGUGGGGCUGACGGGCCGCGUCGUCUACUGGACCAUGGGCCUGCCCAUCGUCAUGACCGUCAUCCUGAUCGGCCGGUCCGUCUCGCUCGAGAACGCGGGCGAGGGCGUGCGCAUGUACUUUGCCACGUGGCGCGGGGCCGAGCUCGCGCGCGGCUCGCUCUGGCAGACGGCAUGUGGCCAGGUCUUUUUCUCAACGGGCGUAGGGUUUGGGUAUUUCACGAGCUACGCGUCCUACAACCGCAAGCACUCCAACGCCGUGGCUGACUCCUUCUACAUCAUCCUGAGCAACAUGGUGUUCGAGUGCACGGCCGCCUUCGCCGUCUUCGGCGUCGUCGGCUUCCUCAGGCGGUGGCCGGUCGAGGGCGAGCCCAUCGGCGGCUUCACCAUCGGGUUCCUGACCCUGCCGGCCGCCGUGGUCGAGAUGCCGGGGGCCAACUUCUGGGCCGUGGCGCUGUUCUUCACGCUGAUGGUGCUGGGCUUCAGCUCAGCGUUUGCGAUGCUCGACGCCGUUGUGACCCUGGUCAUGGACUCGGGUGUUAGACUCCCCCGCCCGGCCGUCGUGACGAGCCUGACCAUCCUGUCGUUCCUGCUCUCGCUGCCCUACUGCACCGAGUUCGGCUAUUACCUGCUCGACGGCGUCGACCGCUGGGUCUCGGACGUGGCCCUCGUCUUCGUCGUCUUUGCCGAGUGCGUCAGCUCCACGUCGCUAUACCGCUGGCGCGACGUCGCGGGUCAGGUCGGCCCGCUGGCCCUGCUCGCCUACCUGGCCGGCUACUUUGGCGCCAUGGUGGUCGGCGUCGCGGCCGGCAUCGCCACCAGCGGCGAGAUCGGCGCCGGCGUGGGCUUUGGAAUUUAUAUCGCGCUCACGGCCGCCGCGCUCGUGUUUGGGAGGACGCCCGACGCGCCUGUGUCUGGCUUUUUCGGCCGUAAUGUGUACCUGCAACGGUUCUAUUAUGUUGCCUUUUACUCGGGCCACCAACUCACAAAGGACCUCAACGUCAUCGUGGCCAGGGGCAAGAACCUGGCGCUGCCCUUGUUCUGGGCGCCCAUGCUGCGCUACGUCUCGGGCCCCAUCCUGGCCAUCGUCUUCGGCUUCAGCUAUCCAACCUUCCACAACAAGCAGGUGGACCCACUGCACAUCUUUGGCUUCUUCACGGGCCACGUCGUGCUCGUGCUCUGCGGCCUGGGCCUCGUCGUGCCGCGCUGGUUCAACGUCCUGAUCCCGGCCAAGCGCCAGGGCGACGGCGACCACGCCUACGCGCCCAGCGUCACCUUUGACCCGGACGCGGCCGGGAGCCAGGCGCGCCUCGAAGGCGGCGGAGGAGGGGACAGCAGCGACGGCAGAAGCGGGGACGGGGACGGGGCCGCCGUCGGUCACGAGACGGGGGUUGAUGGGGAGGUGCUGGAGGACAAGGUGGCUGAGAAGGACGUCAAGGGAGAGGUUGAUGGGGCCGAGCCGGCUUCAGGGACGGAGCUGGGAGUGGAGAGAAAGCGACAAGUAUCAAAGGAGGCGGAUGUGUGA